CAGUUCGCUUUCAGUUUGUCAACGCGUCGCAUGCUUGCUCCUCAGUUCCAAAAACAGCAAAGCAUCAAGCGUUUCGUGUGUUUUCGAAUUUGUUACUGAAUACUACGAAAAUUUGCAUAUGAAAUCAGUGUAAAGUGGCUGUGUGAAAGCAUAAACGAAGUAAAUCGAAAGGAGAAACAACAGCAGAAAGCAAAACUAAGCAAUAGCAGUGGAAUCAAGUUGCAUCGUUCGCCCUCUCGUCUAAGCAGAUAAACAACAAGUUGUUAACCCCUUUUGGCCAUGUCGCCCACUGCCAACUGUGUCCUAUUGCUGGGGUUGUUCGUCCUGGCCAUUAAUUUGAAUGCAGCUUCUGCCGUGCUACGUUGUUGGCGCUGCUCGACGGACGUGUCGAACGGCGAGUUCUGCAACGAUCCCUUCCAGCCAGACACGAUCUCGGAGCAGCAGCGGUAUUGGAGCUAUGUGAACUGCACUUAUUCGGUGGGUGCCAAGUCGAUGAAUACGCGACCCGUGUGCAAGAAACUCGUGCAGGAAGUCUAUGGCAAGCGGGUGAUUGCACGUUCCUGCUUCUACGAGGACAUGGAUGAUCCGGCCGACAAGUGUGCCAUGGACACAACCUCAUCCUACACGAAGACCGUUUAUUGCCGCACGUGCACCACGGAUGGCUGCAACUCGUCUGGCGGUUUAACGGCAAUGCUGGGAUUGUUGUUUCUUCCUCUGCUUGCCGCACUGAGGCAGCUCUUAUGCAAAUGAACAGCUGAGCGGGGAUGGAGGAGACUGCACUUAAUUGCAUGAAUGCAAAAUGAACUUCAAGUCCUUCGAGCUAAAAUCAAAACAAAACAAAA